AUGCCGUCAACCUACCGGCAGAAGACCACGUCUAUCACCCUCAAGGUGAUUAACCGCCGGGCCCCAGCGGCUCGACCGCCAACACCGGACCUGUCCGGUGAUGAAGGCUACUCGGCCCUCGAAGACCUCAGCGACACUGAUGAUGAGGACGAGGAAAAUCCGCCACUCCCUCGGCCCAUGUCCUCGGAUGAGGAAUAUGCCGACGAAGAAGAACAGGAUGAACAGGAUGACCAGGAUGAAGAAGAGGAAGUAGAGGAGCCAAUUGAUGAUGACGACGACGGUUACGUUGAAGACGACGAGGAGGACGAGAACGCUGUCGACGAUGAGGAUGAGGACAAUGACCUGCUUCUCAGGGAUGAGACCAAAGUUGAAGGCGGGGAUGUGGAUGAGAGUGCCAGCUGGAACGGUGUUUCCACGGACGACUCGGAUGCCGAGGGCGGAUUGGAUUCCGCCUUUGCCGCAAUCCACCGUCAAGGCGGGCAGGCUGAGCGUCACGUCCGCUUUGCCAAUGUCCCGGACUCGGAUUCGGACUCGACCGACACGGACGAGGAUCAUGCAGACAUGUUUCCCGACAUCUUUGUCGAUCAGAGCACCCUCGAUCCUGCCAUCCGCCGCGAGAUUGACCGUGACCCGGAUGAGUCGUCGGGCUCCGGCGGGUCAUUCUGGGAUAUUCACGGCACCUAUGACUAUAGCACUGCCGAUUCCGAUGGGGAGGUGUAUCGAGCUCGCCCCGCCGAUGCGGAAAACACCCCCAUGGCAACUCCUAUCGCCGCGCUGCCUCUCGUUCCCCAGCUGGACUUGGCUUCCGUAAUGUCAACCCCGACCCGUGCCGUUGAGCUGGCCGUAGAUCUCGACGGCUACGAGACGGACGGAGAUACAACGGAAGAAGAUAUUCCCGAGCCUAUUGUGAGGAAGAAGUCGCGCCGGCCGGAUCCUGUAGACGAUGACUCGGACUCGGACUGCACGCCUGUCAAGUCUAAGAAAGGGAAGCCUCGCGUGGGUCGGUUUAACCUUGACAAGUCUGACAAGAAGCCGAUUGCCGUUCUUAAUCCAAUCACCAAGAAGAUGAUGAUUUUCACACCUCACAAGCACCGGCAGCUUGAUCUCUCCCCUGAGCAGUUCAACUUCUCUUUCUUCAGCCAUGCCGAGAUGUCCUCCCCGGCUGUCAACAACGCUUCCACCUUCAUGCUGAAUGCCAUGUUCUCCUCUGGUACAUUUGGAGACUUUGUCAAUGGACACGGCAUCACUGACGUCGACGCCCUGCUCCAAUCUGCCCUCUUGUCAGAGGCGAACACCAUUGACGACAGUCUUGACUCGGAUCUCGGGCUGGACGGUGAUGAUGGGGAGAAGGCUCUAGAUAUCAACGACUUCAUCACCUUUGCAGCGGGCGGCGUGUCGGAUAGUGAGAUGGACCAGGACUGGCACACGGAUAUCAACUCAACCCCGGGCGGACCUGGGGCUACCAGCGACGUUGACAUGCUCAGCCACGUCUCCUCGGCCACCGUCGGUGCUUUCCGACAGAACCAAAUCACGCAGCAGCUCAUCCUGAGCAACAAGGCAAGCCAGGACUCGCUGGCGUUCAGCGGUCCCUUCAACGAUACGGCGCUUCGUGGCCUCAAAUCGGAUAGGCUCGCCACGGCUGCCGUUCCCUUAACCCCAGUGCGCAGGAGGCGCAAGAGCUCUAUCCACGAACCCCUACCAGAGGCGCAAUACCGGCGUAUCGGCAUCAUCCCUGGCCUCGAGGAAAACAGGAGGGAGUAG